AUGAGAAACGUGAUGAAGCUCCGAGAUUGGCUUCAGACAAAUGCACAAGAAUGGGCGAUACUGGUUGACGUGGUGCAGGAUCCUGCUGACUUGCUGGAGCUCUGCGAGUCUCAAGGACUCAGUAUCGUGAGCCACGUUGUCUCCAUCCUGGAUCCUUUCAUCGCGUACCCGUGGGGUGCCGCACGACACCCAUUGCUUCUGAGCCGGACAGCUCGCGGUUGGGUGAACGCGGCUUUUGUACAGGACAACGUGAUGAAAAACUCUCCCAGCAAGGGUCUUCAGGAGCACCGCGAGCUUGGAGCUUUGCUGCUCAGGGAGAUGACUUCCAGCAGGGGUGGUGAGCAGGUCAGCAUGCGACCGUUGACCGGUGACAUCAUUCAGGGAGCAUUGGCGCAAAGCUGCUCAUCACCCUUUGCAAGAUUCCUGAGUCGGCCGUACCAAGGCAUGUCAUCCCCGCACAGAGAGCUUUUCCAGCCACAGGCCAGGCUGUGGAAGCAUUUCGUGCCAAGUCAGAACCUUGUUCUCGAUUUCGAGAUUCUGCAAAAGCUUUGCAUGGAAUGCCUUCAUCAAGCUGCAGAAGAGUUCAUUCUACCUCCUGAGGGCAGUUUUCAUGGUCAUUCAGUUUGGCACGGCCUCUUCUGCGUCGAGGCAAAGGCGCGUGGAGUAACUUCAGGCAUCUCCUUUUGGGCACAAGCCUCACCCGAUCUUCGCAAGGCCGCAAUGGAGAUGGAGACUUCUCCUGCCAAGGGAAUGGUCCUCACGCCCAAGGGUGAGCUGCGGCCUCCACAGCACUGGCAAGAGCCACUGGCCUCCGCUCUCGGUGUCGUGUUUUGGUGGUGUUUGCCGAGCCAGGCGAUGCCUGCGAUCAAUGAAAAGGCUUCAGCAGCAGUGGCGGAGGUUGCCCGAUGUGUUCUGCAACCGCCCGUGGAGGACACUGCCUGGGACAUUAACGCUGUUCCACCUGGCCUUCGGGCUGAGAUUGAGGAGGAGGUGCGAUUGGAAGGCCCCCCGGACGGCUACUACUUCGAUGGCGUGCGAUACAUCAAUCAAGAAGAUUGUGCAGUGAGCAUGGAGCACCCCAACUUUAUGAGUCGGCUUUCGUGCGUAGUUCAAAACCACAAUGACGAGCAAAUGGCGCGGAGGCGACUGAUACAGGAGGUGAUGGAGAUGCCGCUUUUUUCCACCAGUCGACAACCACCAAGUCCUGUCCGACCUCCAGGACAUGGGAAACGUCCUAUGCGUGGCUACAAAGGAGCGCCUGCGUAA